GUCAGUUGCUAACGGUGUUGUGUCGUUGAUGGUUUUAUUCCGUGUUCUUCGUGAAAUACGGUUUCAAUAAAAACUUAUCAUAAAUAUCGAACUUUUCACAUAACAUUAUCUUAUCACGCGUCCGCGAAGAUUAAUCGAUGAUGCAUAAAUACUAGUUGCGCCCAAAUUCCGUCAGUGUUGUGAUGUGCCACUUUGCGAAUAUUAUUGUAUGAGUUAUUUUGAUUGUUAGUCACGCGUGAUUUUUAGUGAAAGAAAAUGCCUGGGCAAGGAGAAACUACCGUUUCGGUGCCGCUGACGCCGACGAGGUCUGAUUUGUACUGGCGGAGAAUAUUUAACAAAUACGACCGCGAUGCGGACGGCAAGAUAUCCUACGCGGAGCUCAAGGAAAUCAUCGAAUCCCGAGAAUACGAGCAUGAUCUACCCGACAACGUAGUAGAAAAGAUUAUGGUGCUGGCCGACAAAGACAACUCUGGGCACCUGGACUUCAACGAGUUUGUGGAGAUGAUGCACAACCCGGACUUCAAGGCGGUAUUUGGGCAUUUUGUGGCACGAUAUGUGCAUUCGAUAGUGCCGCAUCGGGGGCCUGUGGAUACGACUGGACGGUGGCCUGGGCUCCAGUAUCACUCGACUCGUGAUGGCGUCGUCUCAACCCACAGCAAAUCCAUCUUCAAUUAUUCAGACGGCACCUACGAAGAGGAGUACUCCUGUUGGCCACCGGCCGUCUGCAUGAUCCUCAUCUCUCUCGUGGAGAUCGUCAUGUUCUGCUACGACGCCGCCCAUGGGAGCACUACAGCUGUGGGGCCGCUCGCGAAGAUGUUCAUAUACAAUCCGAAUAGGAGACAUGAGGCGUGGCGGUUCAUCACGUACAUGUUUGUGCAUGUGGGCGUCGUACAUCUCCUAGUCAACCUAUUAGUGCAGCUCUUCCUCGGCGUGCCACUCGAAAUGGUCCAUCGCUGGUGGAGGGUGACCCUAGUAUACUUGGCGGGCGUGGCAGCCGGCUCUUUAGCCACAAGCUUAACGGAUCCACGCGUGCAUUUAGCGGGUGCAUCAGGGGGAGUUUACGCGCUUAUAGCGGCGCAUAUAGCUACUAUUAUAAUGAACUGGGCAGAGAUGGAAUUCGCGAUCAUUCAACUUCUCGUGUUCCUUCUACUGGCAGCAGUGGACAUCGGUACAGCGGUAUACGACCGCUACUGGGGCGGCGCCGUCACUAAUAUCGGCUACGUGGCGCAUCUAGCGGGCGCGAUCGCUGGUCUCCUAGUCGGCAUAGGCGUUCUCCGAAACCUCGAGAAGCGUAAAUGGGAGAAACGGCUCUGGUUGGCGGCCGUCAUCAUCUACAGCUCGCUGAUGAUGGCCGGCAUCCUCGCCAACAUCUUCUGGGUGGACCACUUCCCUGCGACCCAGCUAUAGGACCUACAGAGCGUAAG